AUGCAGUUAUCCUCGAGUUCAGUACUACUUGACGCCAGGGAUGCAUCGAUUGACCGCAGUGUGCAGACUUGGAACUAUGCGUGCCAGUCGUUGUGCAUCAUCGGCAUGACCCUUUUCUUUGGCCUUCGAGUCUAUACGCGUUGUUUUAUUCUCAGUGGGUUUGGAAAAGAGGACUGGCUAUGUUCCGCAGCAUGGUUCCUUGGAGUCUGUUAUUCUAUUAUUGCCCUCAUCAUGGGACAUUACGGAGGAGGCUUACAUUAUUCUGAUGUCGCUCCCGAAGAUAGAAUCUCAUUCAAUAAGACGGUCUAUGUCACAAUGGUCAUGUACGGACCAACUGCCUACUUAACGAAGGUCCUGUUGCUCUGGAUUAUGGCUCGCGUUUUCAGCCCCUUCCGCAAAGCUGUCCUCGUCAUCUACGGCUUCAUGGCCCUUAUGCUAGCCUACUACAUCCCGGCCGUCAUCGUGAAAGUCCGAAUUUGCAAUCCCAUUUCCCUAUUUUGGGACGUCAAUGUUGAGGGAACAUGCCUGGACGAGACGUCCAUCAUCCUUGCCGACGCAGUCGUCAGUUGUGUUAGCGACUUCAUCAUUCUUCUUCUUCCUCUGCCGUUGACUAUGACUCUGCAGAUGUCAAAGAAGAAGAAGAUGAGAGUUAUAGCAAUUCUGGGUGCAGGCGGAUUGGCCGUCGCAGCCAGUAUCAUCCGAUUGGUGCUUAUUGUAUUGACGGGCCAAUCCAAGGACGCAACCCUGGCUUUCAUGAGAAUCAAUAUGCUUGGAAACGCCGAGAUCGCGAUAGGAGUGAUUUGCACCUGUCUACCGGCCCUUUCCGCCCUCCUCAAGCGAGUCUUCCACGAAUACUCCAGCGACAAGCAUACCCACGAAUCCGAAUACAAGCUUAGUUCGAUGAGAAAUCAGACUAAGACAGAACGGAGCAAAAUGCAGAUGACCGUACAAGAAGCUGAGUCUGACGAGGAUAUGCUAGUGUCCAAUGCACAGAGUAACCCGACGGAAACGACAAUAUACGGCGAUGCCGAGGAACGUGGGUUCGCACAUACUUCUACCGCUGGGGGCAUUGGAAUUACCAGAACGGUCAAUGUCUCCACAUCUGUUGAGCAGCGACUUCAAUAA